UAUGUUAGCCUUAUCUGUAGUCAGUUAACGGUAAGAAACUAGUUGUGUUGCGACACAGGCUCAAAUUCCAUCUGGAGUUAAUAUUAACGGUCGUAUUAUGAUAACGUAGAAUCCAGUGAAUACUGUGAGCUAAUUAUUUUUGAUUGACGUCAAAAGACAAAAAACACAAUACUCAGCAUACAUGAUCACGGGGCUGGGGGGCGGGUCUAGAUCUGGGCCAUCUUGGUGGUCAUGAGGAAGACCCGCCUUGCUAAUGCUGGCUAGUCAGCUAGCUAGUAAGACAGCCUGCUAGCGGUGGCACUGCUUCUGUCACGGUUUGGUAGCAUUCCAACCGGUAUGCCAGACGAACGUGUCUGGUGGUGUUAACAGCAAAGGUUGUGGUCCUAUGAUAAUGGAAUUUCGAUAUCGAGAGGGGAUAUCAGACUGGAACAAAUCGAGUGGGUGCGACCUGUCAGCUGUUGACUAUACAGCGGAGUUUGGCCGCAGGAGCAAGCGCUGCCACUUUCUAUCUGCUUUCAAGUGAUUCCUUAUGUUGAAUAGAAACCGGUCUCCUUGCCCCACAGGAUGGAUGGUGUGGAUUUAAAAAGCCUUAAGUGUCAUCAUCAAGGCUCUCGCUUUUAUAAGGGUGUUCUAUUUUUUUCUAUUUAUAAAAGAACACCGCCGCUCCAAAGCCUUGUGUCUCUAUCUUGCAUACAGAGCACUGCUCUUUAAGCAUUAAGAAGACAAGACGAGAGGAGUUGCGGCACGUUGUUGCUGCUCUUUUUUUUGUUGUAUAAUUUCUGGAAUUGAUAGUGCUUCAUUGAUUUCUGAAUGGAGAUAGUGGAACUGUCUUGUUAAUUCCGCAGCCAAGUGUACGUGCUCACGCUUGCUGUGGGAUGUCGGAGAAGUCAGGUAACAACAUGGUGAAGUUCUUGGCUCCCCCCCAGAAGAUGGGAACUGGGUCUGGGUCUGAUUCCAUGGUGGCCGAUCGGCUGACAACAGAAGUGAGGAGGCGCCACCAUACUAUGGAGCGGGAGCGGUGUAACCAAGAGCACCGGUUCCUACGCCGCAGUGUCAUCAGUGACUCCAAUGCUACAGCUUUGGACCUUCCUCUGCCCACCAAGGUCCCACAGUGGCACCUGGCCUCCUCUGCGCACGCCCUCCAGGUGGAUGUAGUGCUGGCCGUGAGCGAGGACUCUGCUAAGCACGAGGGACGAGGUGAAAAGGCGAAAGUGAAUGAGUUGGCGGCAGAGAAGACGGUUGCUUUGGUACAAGACCUCUGUGAUGGAGGAGUACUGGUAACAGCUCACUGCAUACCCACCAUCAACACAGAACCUCCAAGUAGAUGUGAGGUGGAGGACAGGCCUGAGCUGAAGUCGGCGCGGGAGGAAGAGGAGCCCGGCGCCGAGGAGGAAGUUAAAGAAUCAGCCAAGGCGAGAGCUGAGGCAGUGCUGAGGGAAGCAGAGUACAAGAAAGUACAAGAUGACAUAGAGGAGGCCGAGACGAAAGCAGUGGGCACAUCACCAGACGGCCGUUUUCUAAAGUUUGAUAUUGAGAUCGGGCGCGGCUCCUUUAAGACUGUAUACAAGGGUUUGGACACUGAGACGACAGUGGAGGUGGCAUGGUGUGAGCUCCAGGAUCGCAAGCUGUCCAAGUCAGAGCGGCAGCGCUUCAAGGAAGAGGCUGGAAUGUUGAAGGGCCUGCAGCAUCCCAACAUUGUCCGCUUUUAUGACUCCUGGGAGGGGCCCUCCAAAGGCAGGAAGUGCAUUGCACUGGUGACGGAGCUCAUGACUUCUGGCACACUCAAAACAUAUCUGAAACGGUUCAAGGUGAUGAAGAUCAAGGUGCUGCGGAGCUGGUGCAGGCAGAUCCUGAAGGGCCUCCACUUCCUGCACACUCGGACCCCUCCCAUCAUCCACAGGGACCUUAAGUGUGACAACAUCUUCAUCACGGGCCCCACGGGAUCUGUGAAGAUCGGAGACCUGGGCCUUGCCACGCUUAAGAGGGCCUCAUUUGCCAAGAGUGUCAUAGGUACCCCUGAGUUCAUGGCGCCUGAGAUGUAUGAGGAGAAGUACGACGAGUCAGUGGAUGUGUAUGCCUUUGGAAUGUGCAUGCUGGAGAUGGCCACCUCCGAGUACCCGUACUCAGAGUGCCAGAACGCUGCACAGAUCUACCGGAGAGUCACCAGCGGGGUGAAGCCAGCCAGCUUCGACAAGGUGGCGAUCCCGGAGGUGAAGGAGAUCAUCGAGGGAUGCAUUCGGCAGAACAAGGACGAGAGGUAUUCGAUAAAGGACCUUCUGAACCACGCCUUCUUCCAAGAGGAGACGGGGGUGAGGGUGGAGCUGGCGGAGGAGGACGACGGGGAGAUGGAGGCCAUCAAGCUCUGGCUGAGGAUUGAGGACGUGAAGAAGCUCAAGGGGAAGUACAAGGACAACGAGGCCAUCGAGUUCUCCUUCGACCUCAGCAAGGACGUGCCCGAGGACGUGGCCCAGGAAAUGGUGGAGUCGGGCUACGUGUGUGAAGGAGACCAUAAGACCAUGGCCAAGGCCAUCAAGGACAGAGUGGCUCUGAUCAGUCGCAAGAGAGAGCAGAGGCUGCAGGUGCGACAGGAGCAGGAAAAGAGGAGGCUCUCAGAGGAGCAGCAGCUGCAGGGUUCGAUACAACAGCAGCAACAGCAGCAACAACAGCAGCAGCAACAGCAGCAACAGCAGCAACAGCAGCAACAGCAGCAGCAACAGCAGCAACAGCAGCAGCAGCAGCAGCAGCAGCAGCAGCAGCAGCAGCAGCAGCAGCAGCAGCAUCUAAGCCAGCCCGCGGACACCCCCCAGCCUUCCACCCAGUCCAUCCCACAGCCAGCCUCGUACAUCCCGCCCCCACAGCCCGGUCAGCAACCCCUCCAGCAGAACACCAACUACGCCAAUCCUCAACAGGCCCAACUGCCUGGGCCGGUACAGGUGGCCCCGUAUGUCCCCCAGUCUACAGGACAGGGCCAGGUGGCCCCAUAUGUCCCCCAGUCUACAGGACAGGGCCAGGUGGCCCCGUAUGUCCCCCAGUCUACAGGACAGGGCCAGGUGGCACCGUAUGUCCCCCAGUCUACAGGACAGGGCCAGGUGGCCCCGUAUGUCCCCCAGUCUACAGGACAGGGCCAGGUGGCCCCAUAUGUCCCCCAGUCUACAGGACAGGGCCAGGUGGCCCCGUAUGUCCCCCAGUCUACAGGACAGGGCCAGGUGGCCCCGCCGGGCCAGUCUGCGUCUGAAGAGCCGGAGGCGGAUCAGAAUCAACAGCGUCCAAUGCCCGGCGUCGGAGUCAAUCAGAUGGGAGACCGGCCUCGGGCGACCUCCGUCCAACAGGACACCCAGCCUAUGAUGUCAUACAGCUCCCUCCCAAACCAGCAGCAAACCCCGCUGCUGUAUCCACAAACUGACCAAUUAAAUCAACAGGUCUUGCAGGUCCAGACCCAGGUCCAAGGAGGUCAGAUAGUCGCGGUCCUCCCUGGAUUACCUGGUGCCCUGUCAUCCGUGAUGGCCACCCCACCACAGCAAGGAGGUUACUACCCACCAGCGCUCCCCCCUCAGAUGUCCGGCCAGCAGUCUGUGUCGCUUGCCCCCUCCCAACCCGUCCAGCCAGCCCAGCCUGAGGCCAGUCCUGCCCCACAUAGCUCCACUCCGCCACAGGCAGGCCAACAGUGUUGGGCCAAUGAGCCAAGUCCGCUCCUGUCUCCUCCAAUCAACGCUGAGCAUCUGUACUUCCUCUAUCAGGCCACAUGCCUUCCUCAGCUGCAGGCCCCUACCAGUGUUAUUUACCAAACCGCACCAGUGGAUCAGACAACGGGGCCUGCGCUGGUGCCACCCCCAGUGGAAAGCUGCCUGUCGGACGCAGCGUCCGGCCUCAGCGACGGGAACGAAGGCGGCCCUCCGUCCGGUGGCCGCCACGAGGGGCGCUCCCUCAAGCGCCACCAGCGGCGGUCGGUGCGGAGCCGCUCGCGCCACGAGAAGUUCGGCAAGGCCAAGCUCAACGUGCUCAACAUAUCCAACAUGGGAGACAGAGUGGCAGAGUGCCAGCUGGAGACUCACAAUAGGAAGAUGGUGACUUUCAAAUUCGACCUGGAUGGUGACAACCCGGAGGAGAUUGCCUCCAUCAUGGUCCAGAGUGAAUUCAUCCUUGAGAGCGAGCUGGAGUCCUUCAUCGAGCAGAUCCGGGAGGUCAUAGAGAUGGCAGACGAGAAGGGAGAGGGCAUAAAGGACUGCUUCAACCAGAUUAAUGAUCUACAGCAGCAGCCUCAGUCCACGCCACUGGUUUCAGGAAUAUCCCCCAGCACGGCGUCCCAGGUGGUCCACUCCGCGGGUCGCAAGUUCAUCGUCAGCCCUGUGCCAGAGUCCCGUCUCAGAGAGCAGUUCUUUGGACCCCAUUCUGGACUUGCCUCCUCCUUCGGAGAGAAGCGGGAUCAAGCUGCUCCUGGGAGUAUCGGCCUGUCUCUGUCUGCGCCGUCUGGCAGCCUUCAGCAGGCCUUCAGUGAGCUGAGGCUGGCCCACGGGGGGCCACACCGCCACCACCGUCCUGCUGCCGAGCCAGACCCCAGCUCAGGGUCCUCCAGCCACCACACUGAGCCCCCCUCCACCACCAACCCCGCGCCCCUGGAGGCUCCGGCCCCCAGCAGCUCCCUGCCUGCUGAGACCACUGCCUCUCCUCCCGCCUCAACUGGAAGGGCUUCUCCCAACCCGGUCCCAGUUCAAACCCGUUCCCCUGCUGCAUCCGCCAUUCAUGCCCCUCCAUCUGCGUCUGCCCAGCCCUCCCAACCACCGCCCCCCUCCCAGCCCGCUCCCGCUGUCACCAUCCCUCCCCCUUCCUCCACGACUUCUCCCCCAUCUGGUUACCAGUCCACCCCGCCCCAGCCCCAGCAAGCCUCCCCCCCCCAAGGGCCCGUCUCCCAGCUGGGCAGCACAGCUGCCUCUGCACCCUCUGCGGCUGGCAGUACCCUCGGCACUGUCGAGGCGGUGUCGGAGCAGCAGCAGCCUGCUACUAUUGCUCCUGCAUCCAUUCCCCCCUCUCAGACCCUCCAGUCUGGCACGCUGCCCGGCCAGGGCCAGCCCCAACCUGCAGAGCUGGAAGGGGCCGAUGCCAAGGCCCCUGGGGUGGAUGACAUUCAAGCCCUGGAUAAGAAACUGCGCUCUCUCUUCAAAGACCCGAGCUCGGCCGCCAGCUCCUCGGUGGACGCCGCAUUCAGUACGGGCACUUCCUCUCCUCCCACCGGCACCACGUCACCUCCGCCCGGGGCUGCCCUGGUGCCCCCCUCCAACCUGCCCCUGAGCUCUGGAUCCCAGGCUGCCCUGGGCCCCACCUCCACCCCAGGACAGGGCCAGCAUGCCCACACCCCUCCCACCAAGCCCAGAGCACAGACCCUUCCUAUGGGAUUCGAUCAAACUGUUACUCCUCCCUCUGAGUUUGUACCUCCGUUCCCCGGGCCGGCACAGUCCCAGCUGCCCCUGGUUAACCUGGAGGCCCAGUUGAGGAGGGCUCUGAGCCCUGAGAUGUUUCCAGAAGGAAACCCGGCUCCGGGCCCCCAGUGCGAGUUAACAGUGGGACCUGGCCAGCUCAGCGACGUUCCAGAAGCUUCCAUCACGGUCUCCUCUUCCUCGGUGACUCCAUCCUCUACCUCCUGCUCGUCCUCCUCCUCUUCCUCCCUGUCCAGUCCAGAGAACACGGUGCACGGCUCCUCUCCCCUGUCCCGGGGCGUCCAGAGAGGGGACUGUACGGACCGGGGCUCCUGUCGGGCUGCAGACCCGUCCCGCCUCUCCUCCACCUCAACCACCACCACCACCGUGGGCCGCUUCCAGGUGUCCAGCACCCUUGUGCAGCCCCCCGCUGCCAGCUCCAAAGUGGGCCGCUUCUCGGUCACAGUGACCCCAGCCUCCACGGACGGCCCCCAGCCCUCAUGUGGGCCCGGCGUGCAGAACGGCCCCUCGUCAGAGACCCCCUACCCCGGGAACUCGUGUACGCACUACGUCAGCAGUGACGACGAGGACCACGAAGACCCAGAGGACGAGGGCUUCAAGAAGGAGGUCAACCGGCUCAGAGAGAAACACAUGCUUGAGAUCCAGGUGUUAAAUUCUCGCCAGAAGGAGGAGAUCGACGCCCUGUUCACCCGCUUGGGGAAGCCCCUCCCCUCGGCCUCCCUGUCCCCCGCCGUGGCCAUCGCUGGAGGCCGACGCAGGCCCAAGAGCAAAGGUCACAAGUCUGCUCGUAACAGCGGGCAGCCCAGCCCUGUGCACGCAGGAGCUCCAGCAUCCGCCCACAGUCCCCAGAAGCCCCCGUACCCUCCUGCCUCGGGGGGUUCUGAGAGGCCUGGCAAAGGGCCGCCGCACCAGCUCAAGUACUCCCCGUCCAUGCCGAGCCUAAGCCCCCAUUCCACAGGAGCGAGUGGGACCAGUUCCGACAGCGGAUCAAACCACCACCCGAAGUCCUGUCACUCCCACCACCCGUCUGCUGGACCUGGCCUCGCCCCAACGGCCCAGAAGUCCAAGGGCACCUUCACAGACGACCUGCACCAGCUGGUGGACAACUGGGCCAGAGACGCCAUCAUCCUCUCUCAGUGCAAGAGGGGCCCAAAGCCCGGGACCACGGGCCUCGACAUAAUGCUGCCGCCGGCCAACAUGGGCCGCAAGUUCUCAGCUCCGGGUCACCUCUGCCCCACGCUCCCUGCCCCCUCCUCCACGCACAUUAAUCCGGCCAUUCCCUCUGGGCCACGCAAGGGCUCCCUGGGCCCCGCGGCCCAGGGCUUCGGCUACCCCUCGGCCCCGUACAGUGGCGCUCAGUGGGCGGGCCCCACGGCCCCCUGCCAGGGCAGCAUGCUGAACCCCAGCCCAGCGCUGGCUCAGUACCAGCCCCCUGCCGCCGCACCGCCGUCCCUGCAGCAAGGCUACACCAUGGGACCCGCAGCCGCACCACAGAAACCCGUCAACCCCGCCGGAGCCUCCAAUCUGAGGCCCACAUAGCCCUGCCUCAGCCCCAAUCUGACUGAGAUCUGGGGCAGGACAGCCAGUCCAGCGGCCGUAAGAUAAGAACCACCGUGUGGGUGUUGGUUAGCUGGUUGAGAUAUGAAUUGUUUUUUAUUUAAAUUUUAUUCUUUCUUUAGUAUUGGUGGUGGCCUGCCAGCCAGAGGGAUUUCUUUCUGGCAGUUGGAGGGGAGUGCAAUAUUCACAUACAAUACAGCAGUCUCGCACACACACACACACAAACACAAACACGCACACAAACGCACAUUUCAUUGGCUGUGGAAAAAGAGGAAUCUGCAUUUUAAUGAAUUCAGACUUGGACUGGACUCGGGCAUAACCAACAGCAGCCAAAGAUGUAAAUUGAGUGGUCCUGAUUCAAGCCGAUCUAUUCAUGUCAAAACAGGCAGCAGUGGGUGGGGGGGUAUAGGGAGUCCGGUAUACAUCAAAGCCCCAAGCUUAACUAGGGGGACUCCAGAGAGUGGGACACCUGUAACAUGUAAUGUCCCGGACUUGACUGGAAAUGUACUGGUUUGAGGGCGCUUCUGAAAGGCGGGUUUGGGCUCUCUAGGAGAACCAGCUGGAGAGGAUGAAUGUAGAAGCAAGUGGUCGGGAUGACUCAGUUAAGUAAUGGUCAGCGGAGGAAUGUCUCUGGUAUAAAAGGAGAAAAUGUCAGGUGGUGGAUGAAGAGAAGGCGAUGAGGGAGAGCGAUGACUUUGAUAAGUGCCACCAGAAGAGGGUGUCACUUGAGAGCACCAGGCCUUAGCCUAAGGAAAGACCUUGUACAUAAAUGUUUCUUCACUGGGUUUGAACUCCCUUGUUUAGGAUGUUUGUCUUUGUGAGAAAGUCGGGUGUCUUCUGUGCUUAGGUUUGUCACUCUGUGCGUCCAUCCAUAUGCAUUAGAGUCGCACCAUUCAUGCUCAUGGUGGAGCGUCCUUUGGGUUCCUCUCCCGGAGUCUGGCUUUGAGUGACGUUAGCGGGGUAGUGAUGACUCAAGUGGCUGCAGGUGCGUUGGCGAGCAGAUCUCCAAGGAGACGGUUUCACCGGGAUACUCUUGAUCCCUCGUAUCAGAACAUGGAUGUUAAUCUCGCCAUCUCCCCCCAAAUGACAAUACUCUAGGGUUGUCACUCUUAAUCUCACACUCUGUCACGCUGGUGUCCGUUUUUUUUACAUGUAUAUUUAAUGAGACGAACAAGGUGUUCUUUAUGGACCUGUAUUCAGCCAUCAGAUUUUGAUGUUUCACUGUAAUUAUUAUUAAAGGUUGUUAAACAACAUGUAGUUAAAGGAAUAUAAAAGUGCAAUUGCAGGGUUGUCAUUAUUGGUAUCCUACAUAACCUGGGAGGUACCCUGCGUUUUAUUAAGCUCUUAUCUUUGACCGGCCCUUUUCUACUAUAUUGUGUACAUAAAUAUAUGAAUAUAUAUAAUUAACGUGAGGUAAGUGGUUCCAUGUAACGCUUUCAUCAUAGAGCCGUUAUGUACUGACUACGACCUGGCCCCGCCAUGCAUACACACUCAACCCCGAGUAACCUGCAGAACAUUAGUGCCUUGUGUCCUUCACAAUAAGUCCCACAUCCACCCAGGCCUGAGCAAGCUAGAGUAAUAAUGUAGCUUUCACGGUACUGCAGAAAAAAUACUCAAGGUUAUAACGCAUACUACAACAACUCAUGUUUAUAUGGCUGAUUAAAAUGAUACCAUAUUGUUGUUAAAGGUUUUAGAGGUUUGGAGCAACUGAGGACCGUAGUCCAGAACAACAAGCACAUGUAUUUGGGAACUUUUGGGAAAUCCUCAGACGUCUUUUCUUUUUUUUUGUGUUUUUGGCUAUGUAUCAGUGACAACAUUCAUAGCCAUUACAUUAUCUUCAUAGCCGUGGUGAUCAGUGAAGCCCUAUGGUAACACGGUUGAGCUUCUGUUCUCUCCUGCUACGUGAGUGCCAUUUAGUCUUUAUUGUGAACCUUUCCCUUCCCUAUAGAUUGGACUAUUAUUUUAACUUCUCUAGAGAAAAUACAAGUUGCUGCAAUGCAGAAUAUGCAAUGGUUAAAGUUUUAUAGGGACUGAGGAUAACGGAAAACAUUUGCAUGUUAUUGAGGGGUGUUAUUGACCUCCAUCUUUUUUGAUAAUGAAAUAUAGCGAUCUCAUGUAUUGAUUUCCUCCUCUCAUUUGUACGAACACACAAAGCGCUGAACUGAUUUUCUUUUAGCGAUUGACCAGUCGCGAGCACAGCAUAUUAAAUUAUUGGUCAGUAUGAAUCUUGCAUGCUAGAUCCUUUGGGUUUCAUUCUACAGACAACCAACUCACAACUUAACCACUGUACAGCACCUUACUAAUGUGUUACACAGCUACUGUCGAUAUUACAGAAAAUACUCAAUAUAUGUUCCAAAACUUGUUCACAAGCAUCCUGUUGUGCUCUUUAUAUCGGUCCCCCUCUUUGCUAUCUUCCUGUGACUCAGUGUUCUCUGGAUUUGUGUAUGUUUUUCACAUUGUACAAAAUGUACAAAUAAAAAUGUAAAGCUCC